AUGCAUAGUAAGACAUUCAUUCAUCAAUUGCAUCAUAUCUUGAUGCAGGAUGAAUUGAUAGAAUGGAUUAGAUGGUCUGAGGAUGAUGAGUCCAUGUUUAUUAUCAAACCGAACGCUCCAAAUUUUUCUAGCAAAGUGUUGAAACGUUUUUUCAAGCACGGUAAUGUUUCCAGUUUCGUGAGGCAGUUGCACAUGUAUGGUUUCCAUAAGCUACCGCACAGUGCGUCCUCCACUUUGGCAGCUUCUGGCGCUGAUAACAAUGGUGCAACCGCCUCUACGAACAACGCUACUUCCAAAAGCGAAAUCGAAUGGAAGUUUACACAUCACUCUCACGAUUUUUGCAAAUCUGCUUCCGAGGCACAGUUGAAGAGAAUUCAUCGUAAAUCUAACAAUCUUGGGAAAGAUGGUAAGAGAAGAAACGUGUUAUCACCCGUUUGUGUCAGCUAUCUUGGUUCCUCUCAGGAUCCUACUGCGAAUGCAAAUUUGCCAGCGGAGCUGUCCAGAAAGUCUUCUGGUCCUGUGCAACCAACGCAUAUGUCACAAACCAGUAAUUCACCGGUACACCCUCUACCCUCAGGUUCGCCCCUGCUGCAGCAACCUCAACCGAUACACCAACACCAACUGUCAAUACCAACAUCUGUACCUGGUCCGAUUCGUCAAGCGUCCCUUCCUACGACGAAUCCAACCAUACCAGCUAUGCCGACUAUACCACCACCACCUAUGAAUGGUGCACCAUUGCCCAUUACAAGCCCGAUACCUCGCAUGCUGGGAACUCCUUACUAUUCUAUCAGUCCGUAUCCUUCCGUGUCAUCCCAUGCUGGCCUGGGACCAAGUUCAACCGCAUUACAAACCCACACGUUAUUUCAAUAUGAACAAAAUCUUGGGAUACUGCUACGAUCUAUGCUCCAAAUGUGCGACGUGUUGUCCGCAGAUGAUUCGAAUAUACAGGAACAUCUUCAGAGACUGAAAUUAUUUAAGCUGGAACUAAUGACUACAGAAUCAAAUUGGAAUACACUCAUGGCUAAUAACUCAAUGACCACAAAAUCAAGCACUGCUAGUGCAAGCACGACUGCUUCUGCCGUUAACAGAUUUAAUAGUUACGGUUCUUUGGAAUCACAGAAAAACUCCAUCUUUUCUAACCCAAGGUUUUCGAAAGUUCAAAAAGUUUCUCUCGGAGGAACUACAACACAAUUCCCUGAAGGCAGUGGUUCUGUGUCUCAGGAGUAUGGUCCAAAAUAA